AUGGCACCGCUCAGCAGACCGCCUUCACGUGAUCUCACCCAGAGCCGGAGACUAUCACGCGAAGAAACAUUCCACCUGGCCGAAACAGCACGAAGAAAGACCUCGGACAAGACAGUCCGCGAGGAUCUCCGGCUAUCACUCAGCCACGGCCACCUCCUGGAACAGCUCCUCCAAGAGAUCGCCCGCACGGAGCGAGAACGGCAAACAUCACCGACAGAAGACAAGUACCUGCUCCCGCAAGAACGCAAAGCAUCAUCAUCAUCACAGCAGCAACGACGGACGUUAGUGGAGGAACGGAAACUCGUCGACGAGUACGGGUUCCCCUUGGAUUCAGACGAUGGGGAGGAAGAACUGACGUUGACGCGGACGGCGUCGCGAAGGCCCUCGAGAUGA